GAUCAAAACUUAUUUACAAACUCUAAACCAUAAACUAAUUCUCAUAUCCAAAUUUUCAGGCAAAAGACAUGGCAGCAUCAAAAACAGCAAUCUUCAUUGUUUUCGUCGUUUAUCUCUCAUGCAUAUUGUUGGUGAGCGUCUCUGGAACCGAGGCCGGAAAGAAGGUACAUAAACCAUGCUCGACGGACCGUGACUGUGACUCGCAGUGUUUUGGAGGGUUAGGCGGGCCACAUGGGACUUGUCUGUUCGGAGAGUGCGAGUGUAUAGAAGCCGAGACUGAGGUGACCAAACCGAUACCGUGCAAGAGGGACAGUGAUUGUCCUGAUUCUCGUGAAUGCCCUAAAGACUACUAUUACUCUUGUCUUCAUGGAGAAUGUACUUGUAUAUCAGUCUAAACUCUAAACUAAUUAAUCGAUUGAAGAAAAUAUUAUAAUACAUUAUUAUUGUUCCUCCCU